GCCUUUUCAAGUUUUGUGGCUGUCACACAAAUAAUGGCGUUUGAAAGUUAUAUUUAUAUUUAACCGAACCGAAAGUAUGAUUUUCACGUGACUAAUAAUUAAAUGAUUUAUAAAGUUUAUUUUUAGGACGCUGAUCAUGGUCGUUCUCACACUUGAAUUAAUUAAUUAUCCGAAAAUUUUAACGGAUACAAUCAUGUCGAAAGAAGUGAAUAGCUCUAAUGACCAAGAUACCGCAGAAAAUGAAAUAGUAAGCAAGCUGGAAGUAAGCAAUUUGGAAGAAAGCAAUACUACACUCACAUCAAGUAGUUGGGAUGAUGGCAACACCACAGUGAGAAAAUUGGAAGAAAGUAAUACCAAAGUCAUAAUAAGUGGUCGGAUUACCUCAAUUAUUAAUUGGGAAGAAAGUGAUAUUACAGGAUUGGAACGGUGUAAUAUUAACAAAUUAAUAGACGCUUUCCUGGGAUAUAGAUGGGAAAGCGAAAAAAGACACAAAUGGGAAAAAUACGAACUGGAGAAAAGACAAAUUAUCGAAAUCAUCCGUCACCUAGCCUAUAACAAUAGUUAUAGAGUACAUGGUUAUUGGAUAUGUCAUCAAUGGCAGUGCGGACAUAGACCACAGCAGUGUCUAUCGGUAAGGCAAUGUGAAAAUAAACAUAAAUAUGUAUACUAUUGGAAUGAGUGCAACCACAAUCAAAAAUGCCCAAAUCGAACCGAAUGUCGAAAAAAAUACAACUUAAGGCAAUGGCAACGCGAAAACUUUUGUCAACGCGAAUGGCAAAAACAGGACGAUGGUGGAAAUUUGAUUUCGAGUUUCCUACUGUAUAACUCUGAAAAUUCGAAUGAAAAUCCUGACAUGGAAAUAAUUCGUCACCUAGUAUGGAAUGAUAAGUAUAGAGUAUUUGGCAAUUGGGGAUGUUCAAGUUGCCGAAAGAGAUGGAGAAGCGCUUAUACUUGGAUAUCACUUCAAAAGUAUAUAGAGAAAACUCCAGGAAAGCGUUUAAAUCGUUUUAAUGACGAUUAUAUCAUACAGAAGUGCAAGAAAGAGGAAUGUGGUGAUGAUGGCAUUAUUUUAGGUUAUGAACAUCUAGUACUAUCGGAGGAUGGUGUAGAACACAAAAGGCAUUUAUGUGCAAAGUGUCUGAAUAAUGAAACAUGUUUGGAAAGUGGUACCUACUAUGGAAAACAGAAAUAAUUGAUCGAUUUAAAUGAGUUGUUCAUAAGAUGAAAUUAAGGUAAAUCUUGCUUAUAUUUGUUUUAUUAAAAAUAAUUGUAAAUAGUUUCUUUACCCAGAGUUCAUCAAAUUGGUUAUCUUUGUUUCACCAUUCCUUUUUUUUUACUUCUUUUCGGAAAAAUUUGUAAAGGUCGUAUGUACACAUUCAGAAAGAAAAAGAUAUGGUAAAAUAGAUAAGAUUUAGAAGUCAUUGUUG